UUAACGCUUUUUGCAGGGUUUGAUGGCUAUAAUUGUGAGAAGAAUAUCGAUGAUUGUUCCGGUCAUCUUUGUCAGCACGGAGCAACCUGCGUGGACGGAGUUAAUACCUACUCCUGCAGAUGCACAGACAGUUGGCAAGGACAGUACUGCAGCAAGGACGUGGACGAGUGUGCUUACUCCAAUCCCUGCCAGAACCAUGGAACCUGUCAGAAUACUGAAGGUGGAUACGAGUGUAUCUGUGUGAACGGAUAUAUCGGGAAGAACUGUGAGACAAACAAGGAUGACUGUGCCGAGGGAAACUGUUUAUACGGAGGAACCUGCCAUGAUAGAGUUGGAGGAUUCUUCUGUGAAUGUCCUCCUGGUAAGACGGGGCUGCUCUGUCACCUAGAGGACGCCUGCUCCAGUAACCCCUGCAACCCCGGAGCUAGAUGUGACACGAACCCUGUCUCAGGAGCGUAUACGUGUAACUGUCCCCCAGGUUUCAACGGAACAGAUUGUGCUCAAGAUAUCAAUGAAUGCAACGGAGGGUCUCCUUGUGAACACGGAGGAGUUUGUGUAAAUACUCCUGGAUCAUUUAAGUGUAAAUGUAAACAGGGUUUCUCCGGACCCCGAUGUGAGACGAAUGUAAACGAAUGCGAGAGUAAUCCCUGUCGGAACAAGGGAACCUGUAUAGAUGAGAGAGGAGGAUAUCGAUGUAUCUGUAUGCCAGGUUAGUUCUAGACCAGGAUACUU